UGAACUCAGCUGCAUAAAUCGUGUUCGAAAGCCAUGGCUGUCCGGGUUUGCGAAGAGGUGCCUAUAUGUAUUUCUUUAAGGUUCGGAUUGCGCACGCACAAGCAUCUCUUGUACCGGACAGUCGAAAAGGCGAAGAUGAUAGUUCUGCAAAAGCUUUAUCAGAUGCAGUCUCUUUGUUAGCUGAAGAAAAUGGGAUUAUAGGCAAAUUUGAAUUGUAGCUGUCUAGUUUGCUGAGGCUAACUUAGGGUGCAUGAAAGAGGAAUCCUUACUCUAGAAGCCCUGCGGCUGCAAGUAACACCUGAAUAAGAUUGGUGAGGAGUAGACAAAGUGCAAUCGGCAGUAGUAAAUCCAAUAUUGUAGAUUCUCACUUGGCAGUAGUAGAUAAGUGCAACAUGCAGUUGUAAAUCUAACAUUUUAGAUUCUCACUUGGUGGGUAAUGUCUCUCCUUGGAUUUUUCGUGGUUUUCCUUGGUUGGCAAUUGGGACUUAGCUCCAGAACCUCUAAAGGCUCUACUUGCGUUGCCGUUAAAACACUGUCAGAUAGGAGGUAUGUGGCUCUUCAAGAUUAUAACGGCACAAAUAUGGUAUCGAUAAGGGACUACUAUAUCAAAGAUGGAAAGAAUUUUCCCAGUGCUAAAGGAAUUAACUUAACAAAAGACCAAUGGUCAGCUUUGAGCAGCAGUCUCCCUUCUAUAGAGGAAGCCAUUAAAAAGAUGGAGUCAAAAUUAAGGCCGCAAACCAUUGAUGUUGCCCUCGAUGAUGUUUCUAACUCAAUGGCCACAUUAGUUCAGGGUCUUGUACCCAUUGAGAUUAAUCGUUUUGAUGGAAAGAACUAUCACCACUGGGCAGAACAGAUGGAGUUUUUCCUGAAGCAAUUAAAGAUUGCAUAUGUUCUCACUGAUCCACGCCCAGUGGCCAAUUUAAUACCAGAAGCAAGCAGUGGAGAAAUUGCUCGAGUAAAAGCUGCUGAAGAGAAAUGGAUGAAUGACGACUACAUUUGCCGUCGCAACAUAUUGAGUUCUCUGUCAGAUGAUCUCUUCUAUAAGUACUCACAGAAAACUCACAGUGCAAAAGAUCUGUGGGAAAAGCUAAGACUAGUUUAUCUUUAUGAAGAAUGUGGGACUAAGAGAUUGCAAGUCAAAAGGUAUAUUGAAUUUGAGAUGGUUGAUGGUAAAUCAGUCGUUGAGCAAGUCCAGGAGUUGAAUAGAAUGGCAGAUUCAAUUGCGGCUGCUGGAAUUUCGGUAGAUGAGAAUUUCCAUGUCAGUGUCAUCAUAUCUAAACUACCUCCAUCUUGGAAGGAUUUCUGCUUGAAGUUGAUGCACUAUGAGCAUUUGUCUUUCCAGGUGCUGAUGAAUCAUUUAAGGGUUGAGGAAGAGUUGCACAAUCAAUACAAGUCCAAGGAACCUCAUGAUAUUCAUGGUAUUCAGCCAUCAGGGAAAGUUAGAUCCAGCAAUAACAGUAUAAGGAACUCUGGAAAAUCUCCGAAAAUAAGAGAGUCUGAGACAGUUGGCAAGCCGGUGGUUUGCUAUAGUUGUGGUAAGAAGGGACACUAUUCGAAGCAUUGCCGAAGUAGGAAAAGUGACAAGGAAGCUAAUAUUGUAAAAGAGUCGGAAAAUCUCGCUUAAACUACACAAACAGACGUGAGACAUUGCCGAUGACACUUCUAGAGUAAUUUUUGGAUAUACAGCGCUUCCAAGUAGUAGCACUCUGUAUACAUGCUUGUUUUUCUGCAUUGAAGCCGUUGUCUGCAGGACUUGAAUUAGGAGAUCACUUUGCCGUGAAAUUUUCAACUGAGGGCUGCCAUUUAUCCAAUAGCUUUACUUUCGAA